AUGUGCAUACAAAGAUUAAGGUAUGCGCAAGAAAAACAGCAAUCCCUUGCGAAAAAAGCUCGAAGAGAUGUUGCCCAGCUUUUGGCCGAUGGAAAGGAACAAAAGGCGCACUAUAGGAUUGAAAGCUUGAUUAACGACGACGUUCAUGAAGAACUCCUUGAAGUUUUAGAACUUUAUUGUGAGCUCCUGCAUGCAAGGAUAGCGCUACUAUGUAGCGUUCAGGACGAGGCUGAUUUAAUUGAAAAUCAUGCGGAAAAUGGUUUGAAUGAAGCAGCCAGAGCAGUUGUCUUUGCAACUCUACAUGCGCCAGAGAUUAAAGAGCUGCAACAAGCCAAGGAGCUACUAACUUUGAAAUUUGGAAACGACUUUACAAGGACAAUUAUCGAUGAAAAACUUGGGGUACCCGACAAAGUGCUCAAAAAAUGCAGUCCACGUUUGCCGGACGAGGAGCUUAUUACACUUUAUCUCAAAGAAAUAGCUAUAACUUAUGAAGUACCUUUCAGCAAGCUUGAAGAAGCAUCACGCGAAGAAGCGGAACACGAAAAAUCGCCCACUCCUACUGAUUCUAGCUCUGAGGAUUCAAGGCCAAUAGUGGCGGUCGAUAACAACUCAUUGGAAGAUGGAAAGCACGCUAUUACGGUAAAAAAGCCUCGUAAGGACAGUGACACGAUGGGUUCAGACUUGAAGGUGCCUAGAGAUAUGAAGAAGGAUGUGAAAGUUAAAAACAAUAAGCAAAACGCCCACGACACGGAUCUGGACGAACUUAAGAAGAGGUUCGCGGCAUUGCGUAGGUAA